AAAGAGAUUGGAAUUACUCGCUCGUACCAAAUUAAACUAAAUUAAAAACUCGUUUUGUGGGCCAUACAUCAUCCAAAAUUGGCACUUCUGUGUGGGCCGCACAACUUUUCCUUGUGGGCGCAUUUGGCCCGCAGGUUGCACACCCAUGCUUUAAACCAGCGGUGUGCAAACUGUGGCCCGUGGGCCAAAUGCGGCCCGCAAGGUAAUAUUGUGCGGCCCGCGGAGAAGUGCCAAUUUUGAAUGGUGCGCCCGCGAAACGAGUUUUUAGUUUGAUUAUUUUGGCACGUGCGAGCAAUUACAAUCACUUUGCGUGGCAAAGCUUGUACCAGUACGCGAUUGCCACAGCCAUAUUAGCAAAACUAGCGAAAACAAUUUUUGUGCCUGAAACUACUAUAAAUUAUAUCUUAAAUAAAAGUGCGGCCCGUGGCUUCACCCAAAUACUUGAAUCUGGCCCUUCUGUAAUAAAGGUUGCACACCCCUGCUUUGAACCACCAGAACAUCAUGUCCAUAAUGCUUGUGAUGUAUUGUAGCCAAAAAAGAAUCUCUCUUUUUAAAUGCAUGUUUGGAGUAUUAUUAUUUUGUCAAUCUGGACUGUUGAAGGUUUUCGGUAAUAUUGCUUGACUUCAUUUACUUUAACAAUUGCACUAAUACUCUACUCUUAUCAAUAUUUUCACAGGUUUUAGGUCGCUAGUUAAUUGUAAUUACUUAUUGUUAAAAUGGUUGAUUUACUUCAGGUAGACAAAGUUCAAUAUGUUUGGAAUGAAGAGACUGGAGAGAAGCUACCGUUAUGUUACUUAUAUUUCUGCAAAUAUUGUCUCGAUAUUCGUUCUGCUGAUAACCUGCACCACGAGGUCGAUUCCCAUUUCUGUUCUCAGUCACUGGAUGGUGUACCGAGCACUGAAGCAGUUUUGAAGAAAAAUAAAUCUACUAAUUGUUGGCAAUGUCCUGCUUGUCCGCAUACUUUAUCCACAAGGGCUACUACACUGCUGAUUCCAGACCCUGAUGACCCUUCUAAGCAGUUGUCUAAGAAAUCUUACUACCAGACUUGUUCGUUUUGUCGCUGGAUAUCCAGAGAUGUCGGAAUUGAAGAUAAAAUAUCAGCAAGUGGGGGUUGGAUUGAAAAAGAGCCUCCAAAUUUAGGUAGAAUCAAUGAAGUAAUGGAAUAUUAUAAAUAUAUUGCACAAAAAGAAGCCCAAGACAAUAAGAAUGCUAAAAAACGUGGAUAUAAAACUCUGACCAUGCAGUUACAGCAACGUUAUGGCAGCACAAAAACUGGUCGAAAACCCCAUCCAGCAAGCCCGAUGAAUGCCGUCAUGUCACGCAUGAAAGAACAUCAAGAACUAAAAGAAGUUAAAAUCGUUCCUUCCUCGACAUUUUCGAUCCAAGAUGUCGAACCCCUGUCAGAAGAUACGUACUCCAAGCAAAUUGAUUUCACAAAAGUUUCUUCAAUUGAAAAACGGAUAAGUCAGCCUGACCAUCAACCAAUCAGAGUUGAAGAUUAUUAUCCGAAGCGAUCUACUAUGUUCAUAAAGCGUUCGUUACGUUGCAAACAAUGCGAGCAUAAUUUAAUCAAACCUGAAUAUCAUCCUUCGUCAAUUAAAUUCAAAAUGCAGCUCGUUGCUAUCCACUACAUACCUGAGAUUCGAUUUCACUCUCAGCCAGAGUUGAAGCCAGGAGAGAGAGUUCGAGUAACUUUCGUUGUUAUCAAUCGUACUGACAACACGUCUCAUGUUACAUUGACGCCAUUGGUUGCUGAAAAUUUGAAUUAUCCAAUUGGAAACUCAAAAUGUGAUUUGCCACAACAAGAAUUAGUAGUUGCACCAUUUCAAGAAGCGGAAUUCGAUGCUGUCGAAGACCCAAACAAAUCUAAAGAUGAUCCCGAUGUCAUAGCUUUCAGACAAGCAAACAAAUUGGGAUUUUAUAUUUGGUGCACACCUGAUCCAGAUUUGAAAGAAGGUGAUGAUGUUUGGAUUUCUUUUUCGAUGAAGUACGAUCAUCAUAGCAAUGUUGCUUUUCUGCUUCAACAAGCAAUUGAUUCUUCUGCAGAGCCCGAAAUCAACUGGCUUUGUCACAGAGUAUUUGUCAACUUGGGAAAGAUUUAACGAUUGUUUUAUGCUUUAUAUUUGCAUGGAUGUACUAGUGUUUGAUGUAAUGUGAUGGAUGUUUCCCCGACCCGUGACACCAGAAAAAUUUUCCCUCUACUUUACUAUUGCAAGUUUUGGACGCCUAUUUUGCGAGUGUUUUGAAGAGUUAUUAACACUUACAAACUGAUACAAACGAGGCAAUGUUUACAACCUUGCUCAAAAACCUCUUUAAAUCAACUGCUGCAAAAAAUUCCAAUAGUACAUCAUUAUUGACCUUUUGCUGAUUGGUCAUUGUUACG